AUGAACAGGCAGAGUAAUAGAAGGGCAAUGAUAGAAGGAUCCAGUGAUCUGAAAUUCCAGAACUUGGCUCUGCUGAAAAAUAGGUCAUGGCCUCGAGUCAGCAGAGCCGCAGGCCAGCGCCAGCCCAUCCCGGAGCCUCCGCUGGACUGCGAAAGGAGCUUCCCCGCAGACCCGGAUGGAGCAGAGGGCCAGGGGGAUGACGACUAUGAAGACCCCAAUGUUCACGUGGCAGAGGCUUGGCAGUGGAUGAAAAUCCAGCCCGCCCGACCCAUCAAGGAGUCUGAAUAUGCAGAUACACGCUAUUUCAGGGGAGUGGUGGACACUCCCCUUUCCUUAGGUGACAAGAUUUCUAUCCCUGAUGAGGGGCAAACCUGGACCACACAGGAAGAAGUGGACAAACCUACUACCAAGGACAUCAGGAGCCAACAUGCUAAAGGAGACAAGCCCUCCAUGAGAAACAAGACUCCUUUACCACCUCCUCGGCUGCCUGUCACUCGUCCGAAAAAGUACCAGCCCCUGCCCCCCGAGCCAGAGGGCAACGUGUCCCCCUCCCUGCUGAGGCACCCCUUCCCCGAAGCCCAGAGGGCACCCAGACAGAUAACCUUAAAGAACUUAAAUGAGGUUCUGGGAGCAGAGAAAGCUCCUCAUCCCCCAACGAAGCCAGAAUCCUCUCACGGGACCCAAAACCAAAGUGCUCCAGAAGUCCCUCUUGCUGUCGCCAGCUCUUCGUUCAUGAUGAGCAACCACAGUAUGCAAAGCAGAGAUCGUAAAGAAAGCACGCAGUCCCAUCCUCCUCAGAGAUGUCGGUCUCCAGUCAUCUGGGGCCCUCGGGAAUAUGCUCUUCAUUAUAAAAACAUCUGCUGGAGGAAGCCUUUCUCCACAAGGUCUGAUGAAGAGGAGGACCAGCCCAAAGAAUGGUACGUCGGAGAGUACCGUCGCCAGGAGGUAGAAGAGGCCUUGAUGAAGGAGAACAAGGACGGCACGUUCCUGGUCCGAGACAGCUCGGCCAAGUCCCGCACAGAGCCCUACGUGCUGGUGGUGUUUCACGGGAACAGAGUCUACAAUGUGAAAAUCCGCUUCCUGGAGAGGACUCGGCAGUUUGCCCUGGGGACGGGACUCCGAGGAGACGAGAAGUUUGACUCGGUGGAAGACAUCAUUGAACACUUCAAGUAUUUUCCUAUUGUGCUGAUCGACGGGAAAGAUAAGACCCGGGCCCACAAGGAGCAGUGCUACCUGACACUGCCCCUCCCUCUCAGCAGACUCUCCUUGCCUCCGUAG